AACUGCAUAUGUUCGGAAGGCUACUACAGCGCAUACAACUUGCCAGUCCCCGAUUACACGAGCAUGGACUAUCCGAAUUGCACCAAAUGCACCACGGGCACCUACAAGCCAUCACGUGGCAACCACGCGUGCUUCCAGUGUGUCCGGAAUGCCAAUACCUGUCCACCCACCGUUGAUAAGAGCCAGCCACAGACGUGUGCAGAGGCCCCGGGCGCCAUUGCGGUUGAUGACUGUCGAUGCCAGUGGCUAUUAUUACUGGAUUCCAAAGCAGGGAGAGGAAGGCGAGGCUCACUGCCGCCUGUGCGAACUCGACUACUAUUGUCUUGGUGGGAAGGACGAAGGAGGCGCUCACCGGCCUCGCCAGCCCUGUCCCGCCAAUGCUGUGACUCUCCAAUUGGGUGCUGACAAUGUCGAUCGAUGCCAAUGGUCAGUCAGUCAGCUGUCCGGCGCCCAUGCGUACACAUCAAUGCUGUUAUAACCUUUUGAUGCCUGUUGCAGUGAGAAGGGGUACGAGCAGAUCACACAAGGUGAUGAAUGGGUGUGCCUUCAAUGUGAGCCGCACACAUUCAAGGACACCAUCGGCAACACACCCUGCAGAAAGGUAUGAGUACAUAUCAGCAUCACUUCGUCUUCACCCUCCCUCCCUCCCUCUCUUGCUCUCUCUUCUUCUUCUCGCUCUCUCUUCUUCUUCUCGCUCUCUCUUCUUCUUCUUUUUCUCCUCCUCCGUUCAUCCAACCCACAGUGCACUGACAUAGGGUUUCAGUACACCCGCUGGAUCCCUCGAGCGAAUGGCGAGGUCGCACCCAUCUCCGGUGCAACUUCCGAAGAGGACUGCACUUGCCAGCCAGGAUAUUUUUGGAAGCCUUACAGGCGGGAGAUAACUAUCAUUGUGGACAACACCACUACUACAAACGGCACGGCAGCCGACAGCGGACUGAAUGGCACAGUGAGUUUCGACGAGACGACAGCUGUUUUGAACAAGGCAUUGGAUUUGAAUGCCACUACUUCUGAGAACAUGAUGAACGUGACAAUCGGCGCGAAUGGCACACUGGUGGGCGGCGACAACAAGACAACCAUUACAUACGGCGAAUGGAAACUGCCGAGCAACACGAGCCUUCCAGCGUACGCUACAGCUGACAUACUCGCGUAUAAGGAGAUGCUCGCGACGAGACGGCGCGAGAACAAGUGCAUGGAUCUGAAAGAAGACAGUCAAGACUACAUCGAUUUGAUGUGCGGUGAAGCAGCAGCUACCACCGUACCUCCUGCUCAUGUGGGGAACAUCACAUCAACAACAGCAGCUCUCGACAUGCUGACAACAAUUGCGCCCACUGGUGCCCUCACGGGCUCGCUUUUCAGCACAAACGAGCUUCUCCUGGCCACAACCACGGCUCCCCCUGCAAACAGCUCGCUGGAGACGCUCAGUCCUUCCACAAUCGCCCCUGCUUCUCUUCGUGCUCUGCUGUCAUGGGAUUUCUGGACAGAGCGAGAAGCGAGAAGCCGCGUUCUUCAAGGCAGCGCGCCAUCAACAACUCCGCCAAUUUCGCCCAUCACUGUCACAACUGUCAGCCCAUCUCCGAGCUCCCUUGUGGAUGCGAGCACCGUCAGUCCCAGCGAGACACAGAACAACGUCACAACCACCUCCCCUGCACCUCUCACGCUGACAACACCUGGGCCACCAGAGGACCAGUGCGUCAAGUGUACCAGCGAUCCCCUGGCGCUGCACCAUUUCUGUGGGGGCAUGUAGUUCCCA